AUGUCUCAAGUUAACAAAGUUUUGUUUUUUUUCAGCGAAAAAUUACCAGACUCCUUAAAAAGGUUUAGUCCAGGGACCCAAAAACGUAUCGUUCAAUGGUAUAAGACUGCUGGAAAGACUGCUAGAAAGAACAACAACGACGUGGGUGAAGACCUUGAAGAUGAUGAUAUCGAUCAAAUGCUGUUAGUGAUCGAAUGGGAUGAGGAUGGGAUUAGAACCCGAAAUAUUCCUAAACAGCAUGUGAUUGAUGUUAUUCAAGCGUUUGAUGGUUGCCAACCGAUUCAAAUCCAUCGUGCAAAUCAGUUUGGGAUUCUUGGUGUUGCCCCAUCGGAAACCUUUUUCAGUAUUACUGAUACUCAGAAUCACUGCAAAGAACAGAUUGUUGAAGAUAUCGUAGCUUUACUUAGGGAAAUGCACUAUCAAAGACACCAACCUUCAUUGGGAGAUGUCUUUGAGAUAAAGGCUACUAGAAGAGGUGUUUUCAACAUUAGAAACCACCGUAAUGUAUUUUAA